CGUGGCUCUCAGGGCACGUCGGCAGCGGGGCGGUACCUGGGGAAAGGGAAAAGCACUGGGUGCGGCACCGGUUUGCCUUGUCUGCCUUUUAUUUUGACAGUUGUAGCUUUAAUUAAUCAUUGUGCACCGGUAAAUGCUUGCUAAACUGUCCCUGUAACACCAGGCUGCAUCCCCGUCGGGACCGAGCAUCGCCUUCUGCCAGACGCUUCUCGCCCGCUGGAAGGAGCAGUCCCGGGGAGCCGGUGCCCACGGGUUGAAGAUGUCCUGCAGUAACCUGGCUGCCCGCAGAAGGACCUCCCUGCCUUAGCCAGCCCAUCCUCCCAGGCACCUCGCUGGCCAUGGCCUCAACGCUCCAGUGAGGGGCGAAAGGACAAGGACCAAGUCCCCCUGACACCACCACAUCCCCCCCCAGGAGAGCCAUGGAGGCCCCCCUGGACGUGCCCGUAGGGAACCUCAUUGACUUUGAUGCUGAAACGCCCGCCUGCAUCCCCUCGGAGCCCUCUCCCCCCCCUGCCCCCAGCGGCAAUGGGCACCUGGGGGACAUGGAGGACGUGGCCGGGGACGACAGCGAUGCCACCGAGUCGGCGGACAGUGAGAACGACAUGGGAGAUUCUCCCAGGCACUGGGGUGGCUACCACCGCUCCUCCUCCAACGAGUCCUUGUCCUCCAGCCAGAGCACCGAGUCAGCCCGGGACGAGGCAAUGGCCGAGCGCCGGGACUUCAUGCGGCACUACGUGGAGAAGAUCUUUACCAGGGGAGAGGAUUUGGACCAAGAAGAGAAGGCCAGGUUUGGUGAGCUCUGCAGCGGCGAGAACGGGAAGGGCAGGGAGUGGUUCGCGAGAUACGUAAGCGCGCAGCGCUGCAACUCCAAGUGCGUCUCGGAGCAGACCUUCUACCGCCUGAUGCAGUCGUUCGCCCUCGUGCUGUUUGAGUGUCACCAGAUGGAUGACUUCAGCCCUGCCAAGAACCUCAUGACCAUGUGUUUCACCUACUACUACGUGGGCAAGACCCACACACUGCCCUUGGAGGCCAAGGAGAAGCCCAUGGGCAGCAUCGACUCAUACCUGAAGUCGGCAAACAGCUGGCUGGCGGAGAAGAAGGACAUUGCAGAACGGCUGCUGAAAAACACAUCGGCCAAGACAGAGAACGUCAAGGGCUUCUUUGGGGGCCUGGAGACCAAACUGAAGGGUCCUACCAUGAAAAAGAGCGACGAAGGUGAGGACAAACCAAAGGAGACGCUGAAGAAGACAGUUUCCGUGCAGAGCCCAGAGGAGGUGAAGAAAGGAGAGAAGAUCUACCUGUACAUGCACCUCAAGCAGCAGCCCAUCUGGCACAACCUGCGGUUUUGGAACGCCGCCUUCUUUGAUGCCGUGCACUGCGAGCGCAGGAAGCGGUCCCCCACCACCAGAGGGAACGCUGGGGAGGAAGAGGAGAAGAGGGAGAAGUGGUGCCACAUGACGCAGGAGGAGCGUGACGACAGCCUCCGCUUCAAUGAGAACAUCACCUUCGGGCAGCUGGGCACCUUCAUUCACAACAUGCUGGCGUUUGGCCUGAACAAGAAGCUCUGCAGCGACUUCCUGAAGAAGCAGGCGACCAUCGGCAAUUUGGAUGAAGAGCAAUACAAGCUGCUCAGCGACCACAUCGAGCAGAUGGCCACCGAAUAGCCGCCUGGCCGGCACGCUGCGGCGGAGAGACGGCGGCCAGAAUGGGUGGGGAGGGGAGAGAAAUCCACCUCCGGGGCUACCUGAAACUGAAGCUGGGCUACUUAAAAAAAAAAAUCACACACACAAGCUGCAAUAAAACCUGCAUGAGCAUCCACCAAACUUUAGAGCUGCGCCAGGGCAGCCUGUAGAAAUAGGAGCCAAGCAGCCCCCCCCCCCCCUCGCCAGACCAUCCCCCAUCUGUUUUCAGAGCAGACAGUCCCAAAAGUGUAUUUUGUCAGAUAAAAAAAGGAAAAAGGAACAAACAAAAAACAAGAGAAAAGCAAAAAGAGAGUGACUGCUGGCAGCCCCUCGGUGUGUUUGUGGGAGCUGGAUCGCCGUGUCUUCAGUCCCCCACGUGAAAUGCCGCCUGUGGUCUUCAGUGUUUCCUGGCACGAUGGCAGUGGGUGCGGAGCCGCCAAAUAUCUUUGCUGCUCCGUGCCUUUCCGAGGCUGCCGUGAACGGUGGUAAAUCCAGAGGAAUCCAAAGCUGUGAGGCUCCUGCUGCCUUUCCCCGCCGGCAUCCGCUGGGCGAUGACAAUGGAGGCUGGAGCCUGACCAGGGAUGCGGGAGGGGAUGGCAGGGGCCGCAUCCAGCCACGGACAGAAGCCAGCGCCGGGGCGGGGGGAGAGCAGCCGACUCUGCCUCCAGUUUGACCCAUCUCACUCCGUAGUGAGGCACUGGGCGUUCGCAGCACGUGGGUUUGUCCUGGCGAUGCAGGAGCUGGCUGCUGAGGAUGGCGAUGGUUGGGAUGAGGGGCUCUGGGUCAGUCUGGCAGCAGGCUGUGCGGCGUAUCCAGGGAUGUCACCACCGGCCGGGGACACGGGCAGCGCGGGGGCUUGCUGGGAGCAGAGAUGGGGCUGGCGAAGUGCUGCUGCCUUCCUUGGUAUAAGGCUCCUGGGGAGCCGGAGGGAAAUCCUUCCCUUGGGAAAGCUUCCCUGCGCUGCCUGUGUGGUUUGGUACCUCCGGGCAGAGGGAAAACACAGUUUGCUCCGUAUCAUUAGCCUGGAUCAGCAGGAAAAAAGCCAUGGCCUCAGGUGGGAUUGCUGGGAGAGGAGGCAGAGGAGCAUCACGUGAAAGUGGCUUGGGAGGAGGUAGCACAGCAGCAGCGAGGCAGAUCCCCCCCGUGCCCGCUCCCUGCCGCAUCUCUGUGUCAGGGCUGCCGUGGGCUCGCGGCAUUUCCCGAAGCCUCCUGCUGCUCUCCUUCCCCUGCCCCUUCGCUGCAGCUGAUCAUCAAUCAAACCUGAAAUAGCCCCAUCUCAAGUACAUCUCCUAUUCCGCUCGAGUGACGGCAGCUACCCGGUAUCUGUUUUUUCCCCGCGGACCCUGGCACGGCGUUUGCAGAGAGGCUGGGGACAUGGGGCCGUCGCUGCUCCCCUCCGCAGGGCACAUCCCUGCUCUGAUGGGAAAAGCUGCUCCUCGAACAAGAGGAAACCCCAACCCCAUGCAGCCAAGGGGGUCUCACCCCAAAAAACAUUGUCCUGAAACAUAAAUCCAGGUUUCAAGGGACCGUCACCUCCAUUUUUCCCCAUGCUGCCAGCUGUAUCCCGUAGGAUAAAUAGCAUCCCAGGGGUUUUUCCAUGUAACUCUUAGUUUCUGGUGUCAUUUCCUAGCAUCAAAAUGAUGCUUUUACCUAAGCUGGGCUUGAUGCUGGGCUCAGGACUCUGCUCCACGCUGGGUCUCGUAGAAGGAUCGCAUCCAGCACUGGCUUUCCCUUAGCCAUUCCCAAACCUGGGCAGUUACUGGAGAAAGGUUUUUUGU